AUGACUUCAAUUUCUUCGCAAAACGUACCUCCCCUAGGGAUAUUCUUAAAUUCUGUAUGUCCUGGAAUCAAUGCUUUGGACCAAAACAUACAUUUUAAGAUAUCCACAGAAGAAGAUGUUUCGUCUUCUGUUAUCGAUUGGCCCUUUGACACAGCCACAUUCCAGAGAGCCAAGUUAAAUGAUACCUAUUUGAAUAUAUCGAGACCUUAUCUAGGACCCAGAGAAUCCACCACCUAUUUAUCCUUACCAUACCAUGUCUUGAAAUCAUUUAAGGAUUCGAUCAAGGCGUCUAAUAAGAACGUGAAUGCUGAGGGCCAACUUCAAAUUGCAGCCAACGUGAAUCCAUUAAUUAACGAUCCGUUUAAAUUAGUCAACUUGAAUCCCGGGUGCCUAUCCGUCAUUGUAGAACUCGAUAGUCUUCAAGAACGACCUCAUGGUACCGGCAAUACUAGUGCUAACAAUACUAAUCUGAUUAAUAAGAUCUCGAAUUCUUUGAAGAAUCCCUUCAACAAGCUUUCCACAAAUUUCAACAAGCUACUCAAGAUAUCUACCACAUCCACUACUACGUCAUACCAUCAAAGUUUGUUGACCCCGGACAAGUCUGGGUUUAUUGAAUCUAUCCUUGACUAUGACCUGGAGCUGCACAGAGCCCAGUUGAGGGAUUGUAAGAAAUUGUUGAUUUCAGCCCAUAUCAACGUUUUAAAUGUCAUGGGGAUCGAUGCUAGUGACAACUUUGUAAAUACAAUAGUAGAAACGAGCAAUAAGCCCAUAAUUUAUGUGGAUGAGGAGCUGUUGCAACAACAACAACAACAACAACAACAACAGCAGCAGCAGCAGCAGCAGCCACAAACUCAGCAGGGCCAGCAGCUGAGUCAGGGUCAAGUGAUAACUCCUCAAACUCCACUGAAGCAGCAAAAGCUGCCUGCCAAUGCUGCGAAUUCUUCACCUGUUAAACCAACAACACCGGAGUAUAAAAGAUCCGUUGAGUCUCCUGUAUUGAGAGUUCAGUUUCGCAGGGCAGCUAUUAUAACUGUGCUUAAGGCAUUCACUAACAUUGCUCAUCAACCGGUAGUCGUCGUUGGAUUUGAAUCGGGUGAAAUCACAAUUUUUAACCUUGCAGAUUUGUCAUAUCAUACAAUAGAUUAUGUGAGUUGUAAUGAUUCUAGUUUCUCUGUGACCAGUAUUGAAGUGAUCCUGGGUAGCGUUUCCCACGCUGAUAUGCUAAUAGUAGCAGGCUACUCGAAUGGUGAGGUGAUAAUCGUGGACCCCAUGCAGAAGGAUCAAGAUAAGUACUUUAAAAAGGUUGUCGGCGAAGAUGAAAACAUUACCUUCUUCAAAAAGUUCGAUUUGAGCCCAUUCCAUACUGAAAGCCAUAACCUGCAAAAUCAAACAGCUGUCAAUCAACAAGUGACGUCGUCAGCUAGCUCGUCUCACUCAUCUGCUACAAUUAUUACCUCCAAUUCCCAAUCAAAUCGUAAUUCUAGUCUUGUUGGGCACUUUAAAGUUUCUCACAAGCCAAUCACGUCCAUUACAUCCACAGUGCCAUACGGAGCUGGUGGUGUAUAUUCUUCCAAUGAGGUGUUGUCAUCCACGCCACUUUCCAAUUCUGGCUCCUCUUCUUUGCCUAAUCCAAUGGUUUUAGCUAUAGGUUCAGAUGAUGGGUUGGUCAAGAUUAUUGACCUUAUGUCUACCUAUGAUUGCAAUUAUGGCUCCAAGUCACCAACCAACAAUUCGAUUGUCACUGAUAUAAUAUCGAACUACUUCAAUGAUGGGAUCACUUGCAUAAAUUUUUCUCCUGAUUUUAAAUUUCUUGUAGUUACUGGCAAAGGAGAUAUCAUCGAAGUAUUCAAAAUGACGUAUUACAAUGUUAAUGGAUUGUUGAAUAGCAACUCAAAACAUCAUUCUACUGCUAACACACCGGCUGCUGCCACUACUACCUCUACAGGUAGAAGAUCUAGAAGCAACACGUUAAAUAGCCUGAACAGUAACCCCCCAGCUCCAAUAGUACCCAGCUCCACUGCAACUAUUGAUAGAUCACCUUCGGUCACGACGAAUCUGGUAUUUCUUGCACCUUUGGCAGCUACUCCCUCUGUCAGCUUUGAAAUGAAUAACAUUGAUGGUGAAUUAUUGGCUGAUUCUAGACUUGGCUCUCAGAGCCAGCUCUCGAAUAAUUCUAAUCCACAAUCUCAAGCUCAUCCUUCCUCUAACGCAGCAUCCUUACCACAUUGUCCCCCAGUUGUCAAGGAUAUUAGUAUUGUUGCUAGAUUUAAAGGUCAUGCGAACUCAAUCCAAAAAGUUGAGUUUCUUCCUGAUUCUUCUAGAUCGAAUUCUAAUCUGGUUUAUAAACUUAUCCUGUGUGGUUUUGAUGGGAAGAUUAUAGUUUGGGACUUUGACUACCGAGCACUUCCUAAGGUUAAAGAGUAUCAUCAUCAUCACUCUCACCACCCUCAGCAUCAUCUGCAGCCUUUGUCUCUGGCUAUGGCAACGAAUACUGCUAGCAACAACUCUGCUCUCCCUUCAAAGAAGCGCACAUCUUUUGUGAAUCGAGCUUCCCUAAGUACGAGCCCUAACCCGUUGUCUAGGGCAAAAUCCCUGACAAACACAUCGUCAAUGUCACCGAUCCAACAAACUCUUCUGCAUCUGCAGCUGGUGCAAGGUGUACUUUCAAAACAUCAAAGGACUUUUUCGUGGUCCAUAUUUGAUGACCACACAAACAAUGGCAAUAGCAGUGCCUCUGAAAAAGAUAAAGAUGAUAUAAAGGUUAUUGAAUCGAUAAAAAUAAUAAAUUCCGUAUACAAGAAUCUCUUUGACUUGAGAUUGAAGAAGCAUUACGUUAAACUUGGGAAAUCUACUCCUACGAAGUACACAUCUGUCAUCCAUCCUAUUGUUAAUGAUAAAUUGGUACCAUCUAUUGAAAUCGCCUUGUUAGAAUUGGAUUUAUCCCAUUGGGUGGGUGAUGGUAAGAUAGAUGGUUUCCAUUUGGAUAAAGAGAGUUUAUGGUGCUUUGCUAAGUGCGGAGAUAUUUUCAAGUAUUCAAUUACUUAG